AAUGCGUGAAGAAUCUCCACAAUUUUGUUAAUUGUUUUUCAUAGUUUUACCAGAAAUAUCGUUGCAGGCUGCCAAUAACUUUUCAAGGCCGAGGCCGUAAGCUUAUUAGGAAAAACUGUGAGGAAAAAUGCCAAAAGGAAAAGGAACAUGGCAUACGCCGUUAGCUUCCAUGAAAAAUCGGGAAGAAGUGAUGGGCAGAAUCGAGAACAAAGGCUGGAAAACAGAAAAAAUGAGCCUGAAACCCGAAAUUACAUAUUUCAAUACCGUAUCCUCGCACGUGCCUUUGUCGUUGUACGAUCAGUACUUUGCCAGCACCAAAACAUUUCCCUUGUGGGACCCGAAAAAGCCGAAAGACAAUAGCAAAUACCUACCGAAAAUACGCGAGUAUAUAUACAAACAGGAGAAAAACAAACCGGUACCGGCACUCACAUCCUAUACAUAUGGAUUAUCCACUCUAACGUUUUACGACGAAAUCGAAUCUGCGUUCAAAAGAUCGUGCGCCACCAACGACUUUUAUCGCAGACGAGGAGUUAUGGAUCUCGACGAAAAAGAUCCACUUCGAUAAAACAAAAUGCAUUGAAAAUUCUGUUUUAAUAUACGAGACUUUGUUUUCAAAACUUUCACUUUGAAGAAAAGGAAAUGGUCGAAUAAGGACAAACAUAACAAUGCCG